UAUUCGUGAACUGAAGAAUCAGCGCUCGUGGCUUCGCGGGAGGUAACCGAUCAAUACUCUCCCAAUUCCAAUGAAAGCAACGCAACUUUGGCUUUAAACGGACAAAUAUCUGUUUGCGAUGAGCUACACGGGCAGAGGAACUCCUCUCGGUCUCGCUGUCGUGGCAAUAUUGUUCUCAUUGGGGACGUCGUGGACUUUCCGUGAGGAGAAAGAGGAUGCAGACAGAGAUGUGUGUUUAGAGAACAACAUCGCAACGACGAAAUAUCCGUGCGUAAAGCCCACGGGAGAGCUGACCACAUGCUACAGAAAGAAGUGCUGUGAGGGUUUUAAGUUUGUGCUGGGACAGUGUAUACCAGAAGACUACGACGUGUGUGCCGGGGCUCCUUGCGAACAACAGUGUACGGAUCAUUUCGGUCGUGUGGUGUGCACCUGUUAUCCCGGUUACCGUUAUGACAGGGAACGACAUAGAAACCGUGAAAAACCAUACUGCCUGGACAUUGAUGAAUGUGCCAACUAUAACGAGACGGUGUGCUCGCACAUCUGCGUGAACACACCCGGCAGCUACCACUGCGAAUGCCCGCGAGGCUUUUACCUGGAGGAUGAUGGGAAAUCAUGCACCAGGGGCGAGAGAGCGCCCCUGUUUGAAAAGUCCGACAACGUCAUGAAAGAAGGAACAUGCUCGGCCACAUGUGAGGACUUUCAUCAGAUGAAGAUAACCGUUCUCCAGCUCAAACAGAAGAUCGCCAUGUUGCCAAGCAAUGCAGAGGUCAGUAAGCAGUUGACCAAUGAAAAGAUGCAGACGACACACCCGUUCUUACCUGGACCUCCGGGGCCACCUGGGCCCUCGGGGAGCCCAGGACCCAAAGGUUCUUCUGGCCCUCCAGGACAGAUGGGGUCACCAGGCCUGCCUGGUCCCCGGGGCGACAUGGGUCCCAUUGGGCCUUCACCAGACCUCUCGCACAUCAAACAAGGCCGACGCGGUCCAAUGGGUCCUCCUGGAGCUCCAGGGAGAGAUGGCAUGAAGGGGGAGAGAGGGCUUCCCGGGGCUCCCGGACCACCAGGUCCGCCUGGAUCCUUUGACUUCCUGUUACUGAUGUUGGCCGACAUCCGUAAUGACAUCGCCGAGUUACAGAAUAAAGUGUUUGAAAGAUCGUUACACUCUUCAGGAGAAGAUUUUCCUCCCGCCCCCGACAGCUGGAGAGAAAACCAGGACAGCCUGGAUUUCGGAUCCGGAGAGGACUACAAAUCCCAGAGUCCCCCCAAGAGCACCAGGAAGAGAAAAUUGCCCCGGACCUUAAAUAAUCCUGAUUGGCCAAUUUGAAGAUAUUUCAAUACUGAAAUAAAGAACUGAAUGAAGAGCGAUUGAAUUGUGUAAAUAUCACAGAAUGACUGCUAUUUAACGCUAUACUCUCUGAAAAAAGGCUGAAUGUAUUUCAUCGUAUGAAAUCUCUAUUUUUAUAACAUAAAGG